AUGAGAGGACUCCGUCGCCCAUGGCUGCUACUGCUCGUAGCCAUGUCGCUCUGCUUCAGCGUAUUGGCUAUUGACGACGCCCACGCGGACGUUUCCGCCGUCUCCGAUGACGCAGCAGAAAGAAACAACGCGGCGAGUCCAUCAGGAGACCACCACGAGCUCGCGAACGCAGAUAGUGAGACGUUCGCGUUCCAAGCCGAAGUGUCGCGUCUCAUGGACAUCCUCAUCAACUCGCUGUACCGCACAAAGGAGAUCUUUUUGCGGGAGCUCAUUUCGAACGCUUCGGACGCGCUGGACAAGCUCCGGUUCUUGGCGCUGUCCAAUAAGGAGCUGCUGGGGACGCUGCGGGAUCUGGAGAUCCGUAUCAGCUUUGACAGUGACGCUCACACGCUCACGAUUCGUGACACGGGCGUCGGAAUGACAAAGAAGGAGCUCGUGACCAACCUGGGGACGCUGGCCAAGUCUGGCACGGCCAAUUUCGCUGCCGCUCUGCAGAGCGGCAAUGACGACAACAACCUCAUUGGCCAGUUUGGUGUCGGCUUUUACUCUGUCUAUCUGGUGGCCGACCAUGUUCGUGUCGUGAGCAAGAACCCUGACGAUGAGCAGUACAUUUGGGAGUCGGACGCGAACGCGUCGUUUACGAUCACGAAGGAUCCACGGGGUAAUACACUCAGUCGUGGAACGGAGAUUACGCUGUUUCUGAAGCCGGAUGCUGCCGAGUUUGAGGACCAAGACAAGCUCAAGAAUCUUGUGGGACACUAUAGUGAGUUCAUCACGUUCCCGAUCUAUGUGAACACAAGCACGACGGAGACGUAUGAGGUAGAGGAAGAGUCUAGUGAGUCUGCAGACGAGGAGAAGAUCGUCGAGAAGAGCAGUGACGAUGAGGAUGACGACGAGCUGGAAUCGGUCGUGGAAGAUGGCGAGAGUGAGGCUCCCAAGACUCGCACGGAAACCCGUCAAGUGUGGGGUUGGGAGCGCGUGAAUGAAGUGAAGGCUAUUUGGACGCGCUCGAAGGAGGAUAUCAGUGACGACGAGUACAAGAGUUUCUACCACACGCUGGAGAAGACGGACACGAAUGACCCGCUGACGUGGAUUCAUUUCCAGGGUGAAGGCGAGAUUGAGUUCAAGUCAAUCUUGUACAUGCCAGGCCAGGCUCCGAGUGAUUUCUACACGCGCUUUGAGAAUAAAAAGGCAAACAUCAAGCUGUACGUCCGCAAGGUGUUGAUCACGGACGAUUUUGAUGACUUCUUGCCGCGCUACCUGAACUUCGUCGCUGGCGUCGUGGACUCGGACGACUUGCCGAUCAACGUUUCCCGUGAAUCGCUGCAGGAAAACAAAAUUCUGCGCAUUAUCCGCAAGAAGCUUAUCCGCAAGGUGUUAGAAAUGCUGCACAAGCUGGCUGAGAAGGACGCAAGCAGUGGUGACGACGACGACGACGAGGAGGAGGAGGAAGAAGAAGUGGUGGAUGGCUCACUGGAUACUGAUUCUGAUGCGUCGAAGGAAUCGGACGAGAUCGCCAAGGGUGAGGACGAUGGAGAAGAGGACGAGGAAGACAGCAGCGCUUCGUACAUCAAGUUUUGGGAGCAGUUCGGCAAGAACAUCAAGCUGGGUGUCUUGGAUGACGCUACCAACCGUGGCAAGCUUGUGAAGUUGCUUCGCGUUGUGACGAACAAAAGCGAUGGCAAGUGGACGUCUCUAGAGGACUACGUGAGUCGCAUGAAGGACUGGCAGGACUCCAUUUACUACAUUGCUGCUGCAAACACUGAAGCUUGCAAAAAGUCACCGUUCAUGGAGAAGAUCCGCGCCAAGGGUCUGGAGGUGAUCUACUUUACUGAAGCGCUGGACGAGUACAUGGUGUCGCACAUUGCAGAUUUCGACGGCAAGAAGCUGGUGUCCAUUGCAAAGGAAGGUAUCAAGUUUGGCGAUGAGGACGCUUCGCUAAUCCAGAAGCGGGAGCAACUGUAUGCGGAGAAGUACGUGGCCCUUACGACGGGACUCAAGUCGCUUUAUGGAAGCAAGAUUGCUCAUGUAGUCAUGUCGCAGCGCGUUGUGGACUCGCCGGCUGUCAUGGUGACGUCCCAGUUUGCCUACUCUGCCAACAUGCAGCGUAUCAUGAAAGCACAGACUUUUGUCGAUACGGACAAGACCCAUCCGAUGUAUGGUGCAGGGUCUGCGAUUCUGGAGCUGAAUCCACUUCACCCGAUCGUCUCGAAGCUGAAUGAAUUGAUGGUGAGCGACCCUGAGGACAAGAAGACGAAGGAUCUCGCGUGGCUUCUGUUCGACACUACGCUGAUCAACUCGGGCUUCGACAUGCCGAACGUCGACAGAUUCUCUUCACGCAUUCGCCGCAUCAUGAUGAGUAGCAUGGGCAUUGACAGUCUGGAACUGGAGCCAGAAAUCGAGGUUCCGGGAGAUGAAGAGGUGGUGGACGACACCGACGAUGCUGAAGACCUGGACGAUCCCACGAAUUCAGACGACACUGAUGUGGAUGAGGGAGCCGAAGCUGGUGAGGAGAAGGAUGAGCUGUAG